ACCUCUAGACUCCGCCUCCCCUUCCUCUGAAAUCCUGCUUUGGGCCAGAAGGCGACGCCCAUGAAGCCGCAUGCGCAGAGUGAACCCCUCCAGACUCCGAAUAGGAGAUCAAGAGUUUGAUUCUUUGCCUGCUUUACUGGAAUUCUACAAAAUUCACUAUUUGGACACUACAACAUUGAUAGAACCGGUUUCCAGAUCCAGGCAGAGUAGUGGAGUGAUUCUCAGGCAGGAAGAGGCAGAGUAUGUGCGAGCCCUCUUUGACUUUAAUGGGAAUGAUGAAGAAGAUCUUCCCUUUAAGAAAGGAGACAUCCUGAGAAUCCGGGAUAAACCUGAAGAGCAGUGGUGGAAUGCAGAGGACAGCGAAGGCAAGAGGGGGAUGAUUCCAGUCCCUUACGUGGAGAAGUAUAGACCUUCCUCCGCCUCAGUAUCGGCUCUGAUUGGAGGUAACCAGGAGGGUUCCCACCCACAACCACUGGGUGGGCCGGAGCCUGGGCCCUAUGCCCAACCCAGCGUCAACACUCCGCUCCCUAACCUCCAGAAUGGGCCCAUUUAUGCCAGGGUAAUCCAGAAGCGAGUCCCUAAUGCCUACGACAAGACAGCCUUGGCUUUGGAGGUCGGUGAGCUGGUAAAGGUUACGAAGAUUAAUGUGAGUGGUCAGUGGGAAGGGGAGUGUAAUGGCAAACGAGGUCACUUCCCAUUCACACAUGUCCGUCUGCUGGAUCAACAGAAUCCUGAUGAGGACUUCAGCUGAGUAUAGCUCAACAAACAGUUUUGCUGACAGAUGGGAACAAUCUUUUUUUUUUCUAUUGCCAUCUAUACAAUUUUCUACAGGUGUCAAAAGCAGACUAGUUAAAUAUAAGCAUUCUGUUGUUACCUGUGAUGCUUUUUAGAGUGAACUCCAUUCUAAUUUCACAUAUUCAGGGUACGAAACUGGAGGGCUUGUGUGGUUAACUUCUGAGUUGGCAAUUUUAGGUGGUGGAGACCAUGCCUGUAUCAGAAGGGAUAGGUGACUUGCCUCCUUUCUCAGGCAAUGCAGAUCAACCUGUGGAAAACUGAUGGACAGGAGAGAACUGUUACACACUGCUUACCCUGAUUUACCCAGUUGUUUUGUUUUCAUUCUGAAACCAUACUAUCAAAUGGCAGUAGACUGUUCCCUUCCACCCCCAUGAAGUAAUCAUGCACCAUGUGAAUAGUGCCCAGUGGGAUUGCUUUUUCAUUUAUGGAACAUGACCAUUGUAUGACUCAUUCUGACAUUUCAAAUCCUGAGAAUUCUGAGAACACUACUAGAGGCAUUUGUCUUCCUUCCCAGUCAGUGCUUCAUAUUCUUUCUUGGGAUUCUUUCAAACUUUGUCAUUCUUCUCCCUCAGACCUACAAGUAGACUAAUUUUUAAAACAGUGUAUGUUUUCAUUCCAAAUGAUAAACGGGAUGUGCUGAGCACUUUAUUCAGUGCAUAGCUUUAAGCCAGUAUUGGAUUCACUAAGUGGACAGCCAAAUUCCAGCUCUGCCUUCCCCCAAGGGGUCAGUAGUGGGUUUACAUUGCUACAGUAGCCAACGAGACUCAUGGAUGAUGGGAUCCAGCCGGCCCGUUUCUCCUGAGUGCCAUUAUCCUAGUAGGAGACUCAGAAUUCUCAAAUUCUGCUUCGAGUGGAAGGACCAAUGACUUGUAAUAUUCCAUGGAAGGUUUCGGAGUCAAAUUCUGCCCUCUGCAUUAUGUGCAACUUGUAUAAAAGGCAAGUUAGAAUUACAUGAGUUUGGGGGUAGGGUUAGCUCUGAAAAAUGUUUGAACCAAUCAUGAAUUGCUUAUGUAGUAUUCAUUUUACAUGGCCAGAAUUGCUUGAAGUAUAUCACAUCAUAAACUGCCUUCAUUUUUGGCUCAUUUUCUUUAUAUUCAGGUUUAGUUUACAAACCUUUUUAAGUAUAGAAUCGUUUAUUUGGGGUCAGGUGCUCCAAAGAACAGACCCAUGAGACCAAAAAUGAUUUUGGCUGUUUGGGCUAUAACAUGAAACAUACAAAGUUAGUUUCCAGCUGAUAAAAGCACUUACUGGUCUCUGGUGUAAUAUGACAGAUAGAAACAAUUUAUAUUUUGCGUUGGACCUCAUCUUUUUAAAAUAACUUAACUUUUUAAUUGUUCUGCAUAGGAUAAUAUGAUAAAUUUGCAUUCUCUGAACAUAUACCAAAUCAUGGUAUCAGUGACUAGCACAUUGCCUGGCACGCAGUCAGUGUGCAGAUGUGUGUGAGU